AUGGCGGCCGAGAGGGAUGCGGGCGCCGCGGGGCCCCUGUGGCCGGACGUGCCGGAGCUGAGCCUCGGAGAGCUGGCCGCGUCGCUGGGCGCGUCGGAGCAGGCGCUGCGGCUCGUCAUCUCCAUCUUCCUGGGUUACCCCCUCGCUCUGUUUUAUCGGCAUUACCAUUUCUACAAGGACAGCUGCCCCAUCCACCUCUUCCACACCUUUACGGGUCUCUCAAUUGCUUGUUUUAACGUUGGAAACCAGCUCUGCCACGCCCUGCUCUGCGUUGUGCUGCUGUUCCUCAUCCUCCAGCUCCUGGGCCGCACCGUCACGGCCGUCCUCCUGACCUUUGGCCUCCAGACGGCCUACCUUCUUGCUGGCUAUUACACAGCCACCGGCAACGACAACAUCAAGUGGACAAUGCCGCAUUGUGUCCUGACGUUGAAGCUGAUGGGUUUGGCCACGGACUACCUUGACGGAGGGAAAGAUCAGCACCGUCCCUGCCCUCAAGCGCCUGAGCCUGGGCCUGGGCCUCGUCUACCUGGUGGGCUACACGCUGCUCAGCCCACACAUCACGGAAGACUACCUCCUCACCGAGGACUGCGGAAACCCCCUUUCUGGUUCCGCUGCAUGUACAUGCUGGUCUGGGGCAAGUUUGUGCUGUACCAGUGCGUCACCUGUUGGCUGGUCACAGAAGGAGUGUGCAUCCUCACGGGGCUGGGCUUCAACGACUUCACAGAAGCGGGCAAGGCCAAGUGGGAGGCCUGCGCCAACACGAAGGUGGCUCUUCGAGACAACUCCGCGCUUCACUGGCACCAUCGCCUCGUUCAGCAUCAACACCAACGCCUGGGUGGCCCGUUACUUCUUCAAACGACUCAAGUUCCUUGGAAACAAAGAGCUCUCCCAGGGCCUCUCACUCCUGUUCCUGGCCCUCUGGCAUGGCCUGCACUCGGGAUACCUGGUCUGCUUCCAGAUGGAAUUCCUCAUCGUCAUCGUGGAGAGACAGGCCGCCAGGCUGAUUCCGGAGAGCUCCACCCUGAGCAACCUGGCCUCCAUGACUGUCCUGCAACCUGUCUACUACUUGGUGCAACAGACCAUCCACUGGCUCUUCAUGGGUUACUCGGUGACUGCCUUCUGCCUCUUCACGUGGGACAAAUGACUGAAGGUGUACAAAUCCAUCUAUUUUCUUGGCCACAUCUUCUUCUUGAGUCUACUAUUCAUACUGCCUUAUGUUCACAAAGCAAUGGUGCCAAGGAAAGAGAAUCUAAAGAAGAUGGAAUAAUCUGUCUCCUGGGUGGCCUGCAGCAGGACUGGUGCCGAAACAUGUCUCCCUCUCACAGCGCUGCCUUGCCCCUGAGCACAGAGAACAGAAAAGCCAGGGCACUGGAAGAGGUGCUCCCAUCUAUGCCUCUGCUGCCAGCCAAGUCUUCAUCCGGAGCCAAAGGGAAUACUCUUGUGGGAGGUCAGAGGGGCUGUGUCUCCCCUCGGAGCUCCCCCCUGUACGUUGCCUUAUCUCUCCCCCUUUAGCCAGGAAUCUGUUGUGUUUUUCUUCUGCCAAUUUACUAUGAUUGCAUAUGUGUUGCAACCCCGCCCUAUGGGGGGGUGGGCAGGGGUGCAAGGCCCUGCCUGCUCCACAUUUUCUACCUUGGGGCUGUACCAGAAAAAAUCACUUCUGUUUGUUCCGUUUUUCA